AUGGAGGUCAAAGGGCAGCUCAUCUCCUCCAGCUACAGCUCAGCAGAUGUCCUGGGGCGGGAACCCAGUGCCCGGCUGCGGCUGCAGGAGCUGCUGGACCGGCAGCGGGGCCUGCGGGAGACGCUGGGGCUGCGGGUCGCCGAGCUGCGCCGGCUGUGCCUGCAGGAGGCUGAGCUGACGGGGAAGCUGCCCCCCGAGUACCCGCUGGAACCGGGGGAGAGACCCCACCUCAUUCGGAGAAGAGCGGCGCCCGCCCACCGGGGACCUGGAGCCGAGGUGCUGGCGUGGGAGCUGUGCCGGGAGCUGGCCGUGCAGCGGCAGGUGGUGGAGGCCGCUCGGCGCCUGGCCCUGGCCCCGGAGCUGACGGAGCAGCAGCGGCGCAGGCGCCGGCAGGUCCAGGCCGAGGCGGCCCAGCGCCUACGGGAGCUGGAGGGGCAGCUGGGGGAGACGCGGGCCCGGCUGGGGGCGCCCCGGGGAGUGCACGAUGAGGUGUUCACCUCCGAGAACAGCUCCCUCUCCGAAGCGGCCAGUCACGAGAACGACGACCCCCACUGUUUCCACCCACCCAAGGGGGGCCCCUCGUCCCCCCGCACCCGGGAUCACCUCCGCGCCGUGUCCGGCAGCCCCGACCGCCGGCCCGGCUGGCGAGGGCCCCCCACGGAGCUGGGCGGGGGGGCUGCCAGCCGCCGCAGCUCGCUAGCCAGCCCUACCAGCCCGAACCGGACCCUGCCCCGAAGCAUGUCCAGCUUCGAGGGCCGGAGCGUCCCGGCCACCCCGGUUCUGACCCGGAACAUCUGCAGCGGGAAUCAGAACUUCAGGCCGGACGCCCCCCCAGCCGCCCGCCAGUGGUCGGGGAGCCAGGACUCCCAGCUCGGCCCCCCGAGCCGGGACCCCAGCGCCGACCGGGCCCCCCCGGCCUUCGCCGCCCGCACCCGCCGCAGCAACAGCUCGGAGGCCCUGAUCGAGCGGGGGAUCCUGCUGGACUAUUACCUGGAGCGCCAGUGCUGGCCGGCCGGGGACCACCUCUCGCGCCGCGACGCCCCCCCGCCUCCCGGCUGGGGGUACCCCGAGAGCCCCCUGCCACGCCGGGCGGGACGCGCCAAGUCCUGCGGGCCCCCUCCCCAGAGCCAGCCGCCCCCGGCCCCUCAGCGCCCGCCCCGGGCCGUCCACAAAGCCUUGGCCCUAGAGGGGCUCCGGAACUGGUACCUGCGUAACGCUGGGGGAGCGGGGCCGCCCCCACCCCGGGACAGAAGAGGGGGCCCCCCCCGCGGCUGGCCCGAACCCCACCCCCGGCCGGAGACGGGGGGCUACCUGCCCCAUUCGCUGAGCUACGCUGGCCAGCCGCUGCAGGGCAGACCCUUCGCAGACCUCCUCUACCCGGACGGGCCCAGCGCCCCCUCCCCCGGCCUGGGGCCCCCCCUGGAUGUGGAGAGACACCCCCCAGGGACGCUGGUCUGA